AUGUUUGCCCAACUCCAACGGGUGUUUUCGCGGGACAAGGCGGGGGAGGCCCUGGACUGGGGCAUCGACGACCUCCAGCCGCCCCCCGCCAUCGGGAGGGUACCCGAGCCACCAGCACCUUCGUUACCCACUCACCCUCGACAGUUUGACCUCAAGUACUACCACUACAAGUACGGGGUGCCGUUGGUUAAACAGAACAACCACAAUUACUCCCUUUUCAUCCGUCACUAUUUGAGCCUCCACCACAAGUGCCCCCAGUUUUGGGAACAAUUCAGGUACUCGCUCAUCGUGCUGAACUUGCUUGACGAUGCCAUGAUCCUCCUGAAGAACGACCAGGCGUUGGCGCUGCUACCGCGGCCACCCCAGCCAGUGGCCCACCCCGUCACUUUGCCGCUAAUACCGGUGCUGGCAGUAGCCGAUACUCCCCAAGUGGUGUGUAAGCCGUCAUAUGCCAUCACCGUACCUCAACAGUACCGGCUGGGGCGGAUAUUGACGGUGAUUCUGCUCAUAUUAGUGAUGCUUAAGCAACCGCUUUUUGGGAAGCCAUUGACGAGAAAACACCUUUCAUUGGUGCACGUGCUAUUACUCCAGGCAGUAAAGAUCAUCAAGUACCGCCGCAUCGCGAUGGCAGUGGCACUGACCCAAACGUUAAGCAUUGUCACCCAAUUCUUAUCUGCCAACUACCGCAUCAACAAACAAAUCAUUUCGCACUUAUUGGCAUUGAAACACGAUGAACAGUUUGGCUUCCUUGGCGAGGAGUCGAGCGAGAGUUCCCGCAGCCGUCUCCACCACCACUUAGUGGGGGCCAUAAACUUUUUGGCGUUUAAUCUAGUGACGCUGAUCGCCAAAGUGAUGCCGAUGGUGCUGGCCGACGUGUUUGAACAGUACUGCACCAUCAACCUGAUCAACUUGGCUGUGUUGGCGCCGCUGUGGGCAGAGUGGAAGAUCCAAGUGCCGCAAAAGACGGGACCGGUGGACGAAGUGGUGUUUUUGAUCAACAAGUUUAAUCAGCUACGCAAAGUGCUUGUGUGUCAAUUACUUCUGAUAGAGGCGGCGUCAAGUUCUAAUUUCUUUGUCUAUAAAUUGAUGGACCACCUUGAAAUUGACGACCACCACGACUCGCCGCAAUGGUUGCCGUUUCAGGCCAAAUUGACCCAACUACGUCUGAUCCUCACUCAGUUUAACACCACUACCGAUACUUUUGGCCAGAUGUUCUCUGAUUUGGACCACCUCUACCCACGUACCCCUGGUCGCGAACACGAGGACGUCCUUACCCUUCUGAAUGCCGUUGAGCGGAAACAACCGUCGCAAUUGGACUCGUUGGUCGACAAACUCCAGGGGCUUUCCACCAACGUCCAGUACUUUGUCAAGUACCACCAGCUGACGGCAAAUGUCACUAGCAUCGACGAGAUCCAGGAGAAACUCGAGAUAUUCCGCCAGUUCGCCGACGACAUCGGUGCCGUCCAGGAGAUGCACCGGUUGUUCCUCAACGAGCUUGAGCGCGACUCGUUUGGCGAGCAAACGCUGACGCUGCUGGUGGUGUCGCUGCCGAAACCUAAUAAGCUGGACCGGCCGUUUUCGCUCAAACUGUUCCACACGCUGGCGUCGAAGAAACGCAACUCAAUCCCGCUGCUGACACAAUCAGCACCUGACGUCGACACUACUCUGCGCAAAUCAAAGCGGAUGUCGAACGGGCUCUCCUUAGGCUUGCUUACCGUGGUUGAAGAACAACACGAUAAAACUCACGGUCGCAGCUACAGCGAGAGCCUCAAGUCGCCAGCAGGGCUGGCGCCUUACGACGAAAGCUACAACCUUCCCCCACCCUCGUACGACGGCUAUAAUCACAACUUGCUCGAGCAGUUUGCCAAUUCUGCCACGCCGCCGCUCAGAGGUCUGAAGCGGUUCAACCGGUACCUGAUGAACCUGGUGCUGCUGAACAUCAGCGGCCUCACCGACAUGAUCACAGCGACCCAGCUCACCAACUACGACGACAUCGAGAACGACGACCACCGCUUUCUGCGCGAAGAGCUAAAGCAGAAGUUGGAGGAGUCGUUCGACCGCAUCUACAACCUUGAGCUGGAGAACCGCGCGCUAAAGCUGACGGGUGAUCCGGUGUACCCUCCCGAGGCUCCCCUGGCAAGACCAGAGGCGAUGCCAAAGCCCAACCCGGCGUUCCUCGCCGCUCUCGAUAAAAACAUGGCCAGCAGAUAA